AUGGGCAGUGGUGAGAAGUGGCUAAACUGCAAGAGUGACUUCCUGGUCAAGUACCUGAAGCCAGGUGCUGCGGGCCCUGCCCAGCUGCCCGUGCGCGUACCCGCUGGAGGCCGUGUCCAGCGCCGUGAGCCUGCGGGACAAGCAUCAGGGCCGCAGCUUCCGCUGGAGGGACGCCAGCGGCCGCACAAGCGCCUGGACGUGUACCGGCUCACAGCCCACUUCUGCCCGUGCUCUCUGCAGCACGCCGGCCGCCCAGCACUGCUGCUACGACGCGGGCAGCCGGCUGCUGAUCCGGGGCAAGGGUGCCAGCGCCCUCGACCUGGUCAGCACCGACGUCUCCCCCGAGCUGCACUUCAAGGUGGACACGCUGCCCUGGAUCCCGUGUAA